AUUUUCGUGGCCAGAAUGGGGAAGCAGAACAGCAAGCUGCGCCCUGAAGUCAUGCAGGACUUACUGGAGAGCACGGACUUCACGGAGCAUGAGAUCCAGGAGUGGUACAAAGGCUUCUUGAGAGACUGCCCCAGUGGACACUUAUCAAUGGAAGAGUUUAAGAAAAUAUAUGGGAACUUUUUCCCUUAUGGGGAUGCUUCCAAAUUUGCAGAGCAUGUCUUUCAUACCUUUGAUGCAAAUGGAGACGGGACAAUAGACUUUAGAGAGUUCAUCAUAGCCCUGAGUGUGACCUCGAGGGGCAAGCUGGAACAGAAGCUGAAGUGGGCCUUCAGCAUGUACGACCUGGACGGUAACGGCUACAUCAGCAAGGCAGAAAUGCUGGAGAUCGUGCAGGCUAUCUACAAAAUGGUUUCCUCUGUCAUGAAAAUGCCUGAAGAUGAAUCAACCCCAGAAAAAAGGACAGAGAAGAUCUUCCGCCAGAUGGACACCAAUAGAGAUGGAAAACUCUCCCUGGAAGAAUUCAUCCGAGGGGCCAAAAGCGAUCCAUCCAUAGUGCGUCUCCUGCAGUGUGACCCCAGCAGCGCCAGCCAGUUCUGAGUCCCGCACCCUAAGGACGCUACAGCUGCCUGGGUCUCUCCCAGUUGGCUUUUAAACUUAUUU